AAAAGAGGAGAAAGAAAAGGGAGUAAAGUCAGCAAAGCUCCAGGUGCAGUAACUCCUCGUUGACAAAGAGAAAUUCCAAUAACCAUUCCCCCAGGGAGAUCAGAAAAACAAACUAUUAGGUGUGAUGUUGCUAUGAGGAAAAGAGUCAGCAAUGACUGAUGUGGAGCCUGUGGUCACAGAUUUUGCCUCAUCAGGACGGUCAGGCCGCCGAAAUGCCUUACCAGAUAUCCUGGGCUCCCCUGCUGGUGCUGGGACUUCAGACCUGCCACACAAACUGGCUGAGCUCUCUGUUUCAGAAGAUGCAGGAGCAGAGGGCGGAGAAGUGUCAUCAUCCAAAGCCUUGCUGGAAAGUCAAGAGGCGGAAGGAAAAUGCAAUGAUUCCUAACACCUAAGGACUUCUGGAUUAAUGAAUCCCAUCAACAGACUUCCCAGUUUCCCUGUGUCACCCCUUCUGAAGUGUGGUAGCAACUUUAGCAUCACAGACAUGACUCUGCAACACUGUUGUAACUAGAUGAUUAUGUGGAUGGCAUACAGUUCUUUCCACUGUCAUCCUUCAAAAGCAAUGUUCUACAUAUCCAAACAGGAAGAGAACUAAAGAAUGUAUCUCUUGUUUUCAGUUUUCUCUCUUGUUUUGGUUAUAGUAUUCAUACUAACUAAUCUUCUUUGACAGUUCCAAUUAAUAUACCUACCAGGAACUAAUCAUUGUUUCAAAAUAAAAAUCAUGUUUCUUGAUUUCUCAAACCAGCUUGUUUCUCUCUGACACGGAGGUGUGUUCACUCCCCGCAAUGUGGUAUUAAGUAUAUAUUAGAUUACAGACAUUAUCUGUAAUUUUUCUCCUGAGAUUUUUGUUCUCAUUAGACAUAUGUAGAUGUGUGUGAGAUGGGUGUGAGAAAAAAAAAAUACAUAAAAUAAAAUUUUCUCCUACUCCUGUCACCAGAAGGUUUUAUAAACUACUUAAACAUCAGUGUUAAUUUUCAGACUCUCUUUACCUCUCUUUGAUUAUGGCAGAUCAUCUCAGUUCUCCCACUCUUAGCAGUCUCACCACUUCAGCCAUUCAUUUUCAUGCUGAAUAUUGUAGCUGUUCAUGUGUAUCUAAAGUAAACUAGGUAUGUUUGUAUAUGAUGAAAAUUGUUUAAUCUCACUGUAGAAAUUAAAUAUCUAUAAUCUU